GUGUGUAUCGGUGAGCAGGCGCGUGCUGGUUGGCUGGCGCGUAAGAAUAGAGCUAGUAAAUAGCUCGGCCGGCUCGAACGAUAUUACUAACCUAGCCCAACGGUGUUACGACACAAGCCGAGUCGACCCUGACGCAAAAGUAGCAGCGCGCGCGCCUAGCCUAGCCUAGGAGCUCGGCAAGCGGUCGUUGACUGAUUAUUUUAUGCGCUCGAUGCAAGUGCGCUACAUAACUCCGUGUAGAGACUCUCUGUGACUCGCCAAAUCGGAGAGCCCGACUCGAAUCGAAUUGUUGUUGUUGUUUCGCGCGACGAAUCGAUAGCCCGCGCUCGUCAAUUUCGAUUUACUGUGCAAGGAAAUGUAAUAUUUUAUAAAUGUUACAAUACGUAAACGAUCGAACCGAUUUUCGUUGGUAAAAUUAUUCGCUCUUGAAAUUAGGGGAUAUUAAAGGAGAUAACUAUUUUUGCGUAUUAUUUUUGUAGAGAAAUAAAGCAAACAACCAUGUAACGUCGAUCGUUAUCGAUACGAAAAUUAUCGAUACGACAAUUUUUUUUGGAAUGUAUGAGAAAACAAUUCGUACGAAUACAAAAAAGAUAAAAAUACGACGGAGGAAUUGAAAUUUUUAAGUUAAUUUGAAAUCGGUAUUUAGUCGAUCGUUUUAAAAUUAUUACGCGAGUCAAGGUUAAACUUUUAUCGAACUUUUGUUUAUUAUUAUAUUGUUUUCAACGUUUAUUUUCAAGGAUGAUGGAUAAUUUAACGUAUAUAUCCGGGUGUAAAAAAUUCGAAAACAUCAGAAUUUUGACAUUAGAGGUGGAAACAAGUUCAGGGAACAGGAAGCAAGAAAAGGAAUAAUCAUGUUUCCACAUAUUUUCGUCUACGUUCUCGUUGCUAUCGUCGUUUGCUUUUCAGGUAUUGACGCGAAGGUUUUCCCAAUAAUAUGCGGACAGAAUGAAACACCGAGCAUAUGCGGAGAAGGUAUCUGCCCACCAACUUGCUGUAAUCCAAACGUAAAAUGUAAUUUCCAAGGUAUAGGACCUGUUUGCACAUGGCCUACGACAGGAGGUUGUCGAUGCGUUAACGGCACCGUUAGAAACGAAAAUAACAAUUGUGUACCGCUUUCAGAAUGUCCACCUGGAAUUUGUUCUUCAAAAUGAAUAACGAACUUCAACGAUGUUAAUCUAUAUAUAUAAUCUAUAUAUCUGUAUCUAUAUCAGAAGAGUAGAAGAUAAAUAGAAGACAACUAUCAUUGUCCAAGUAGAAAAUAAAGAGACUAUAAUAGCAAUAUCGAAUAAA